GAAGGUCCUCAGGGGUUUAAAACGUCUCCUUUUUAGGUAUGAUAAAGUUUGGGACCCCUGGUUUACACCCGGCAGCAGGCUGCUCUGCAGAGUUUCAGUCACGGGGUGAGGGAGGGGGUGAAUCUGCAGGACUCAGCUCACCACGCCUCGGUACGGUAACUUCGUCAGCCAUAUUGACUGUCUGUAGGCUACCUCUUCUCCGGUCGUGGGAGCCUGGCGGAGGAGUUUCCACCACUGAAGCUUGUGUACCCUCGGUACGCACCGUCUCCGGUAAACAGCACAGAGGACGGGAAGGUGAAACGCUCUAUUUUUACUCGCUGUGGAUAUAUAAAGUACUGCUGCCAGCUGGAGAGGGUGACAGUUGGACACAUCCUCAGCGCAGCCAGGCGUUAGAGGUACUAGGUGCCCCGGAGAGAGGCAGGAAGACGGAGGACGAUUUCUUUCUGUUUUCUCAGCAACAGGGGACGGGCGGAGUGAGGAGAAAGAUGCCCAAACCGAUCAAUGUGCGCGUCACCACCAUGGACGCUGAGCUGGAGUUUGCCAUCCAGCCCAACACGACAGGCAAACAGCUCUUUGACCAGGUGGUGAAGACGGUGGGUCUGAGGGAGGUCUGGUUCUUUGGCCUGCAGUACACAGACAGUAAAGGCUACGUCACGUGGCUCAAACUCAACAAAAAGGUGACCCAGCAGGAUGUGAAGAAGGAGAAUCCUCUGCAGUUUAAGUUCAGAGCAAAGUUCUUCCCAGAAGAUGUUUCUGAGGAACUCAUCCAGGAGAUUACACAGAAACUCUUCUUCCUGCAGGUGAAGGAGGCCAUACUGAAUGAUGAGAACUACUGUCCCCCAGAGACAGCUGUGCUGUUGGCCUCCUACGCUGUCCAGGCCAAGUAUGGAGAUUACAACAAAGACAACCACAAGCCUGGCUACCUUGCCUCCGACAGGCUUCUGCCACAAAGAGUGCUGGAGCAACACAAGCUGACUAAGGAGCAAUGGGAGGACAGAAUACAGACCUGGCAUGAGGAGCACAGAAGCAUGCUCAGGGAGGAUGCGAUGAUGGAGUAUCUGAAGAUAGCUCAGGACCUGGAGAUGUACGGCGUCAACUACUUUGAAAUUAAAAACAAGAAGGGCACAGAACUUUGGUUGGGCGUUGAUGCCCUGGGACUCAACAUCUACGAGCAUGAAGACAAGUUGUCACCAAAGAUCGGCUUCCCCUGGAGUGAGAUCAGAAACAUUUCCUUCAACGACAAGAAGUUUGUCAUCAAGCCCAUCGACAAGAAAGCUCCAGACUUUGUGUUCUAUGCCCCACGGUUGCGGAUCAACAAGCGCAUCCUGGCGUUAUGUAUGGGAAACCAUGAGCUGUACAUGAGGAGGAGGAAGCCUGACACCAUCGAGGUGCAGCAGAUGAAGGCUCAGGCCAGAGAGGAGAAGCACCACAAACAGAUGGAGAGAGCGCAGCUGGAGAACGAGAAGAAAAAGCGCGAGCAUGCGGAGAAGGAAAAGGAGCGAAUAGAGCGAGAGAAGGACGAGCUGAUCGAGAGGCUCAGGCAGAUCGAAGAGCAGACACAGAGAGCUCAGAAAGAGCUGGAGGAGCAGACUCGCAGGGCGCUGGAGUUGGAGCAGGAGAGGAAGCGGGCAAAGGAGGAGGCAGAGCGGCUGGAGAGGGAGAGGCAGGCGGCAGAGGAGGCCAAGGCAGCGCUGGCUCAGCAGGCUGUCGACCAGAUGAAGAACCAGGAACAACUGGCUGCUGAGUUAGCGGAGUUCACUGCCAAAAUUGCUCUGCUUGAGGAAGCCAAGAGGAAAAAAGAAGAUGAAGCAACAGAAUGGCAACACAAAGCUCUGUCAGCACAAGAGGACCUGGAGAAGACCAGGGAGGAGUUGAAGACUGCCAUGACGACUCCACCGGCGCCGGAACACGAUGAGCAGGAUGAGACAAACGCCGAGGCGAGUGCCGAGCUGUUCAGCGAUGGCGUCACCAGCCAACGCAGUGAAGAGGAACGCAUUACUGAGGCGCAGAAGAACGAACGUGUCAAGAAACAGCUACAGGCUCUGAGUUCAGAGUUGGCCGAGGCCCGUGAUGAUACCAAGAAAACGCAGAACGACAUGCUCCAUGCUGAGAACGUGAGGGCAGGCAGAGACAAGUACAAAACCCUGCGCCAGAUCCGGCAGGGCAACACCAAGCAGCGUAUAGAUGAGUUUGAGUCCAUGUGAGCCGGGAGGAAGGGUGGACACAGCGAUGAAAAGAGACAGUUAGUCUCAUUGCCAUGUCAACGCCUCACCUUCCUUGUAAAGCCCAAAACCUGUUGCCACCCCAGGAACUCCUGCUUUUUUUCUAUGCAGGAGAAAGAGCGGCUAACAGGCUUUGUAGCUUCAGCCUCGCCAAAGCUCUGCCUAGCAGCGGUUGGCCAAUCACACUGCUACCUGCUUUUUAGAGCUCUGCCCCCACCCCAACGAAGCACACGUCUUUUAAUCUGUCUGAAAAAUAGCAAGCAACAUAUCCUGUUAAACAUGGACUUCUCUCUUCUACAAUACUGAUCGUUUUAAUGCUUGCAUGUAUGAUAAUUAAAGAACAACAGGACCGAUAGACAAAGUGAGAGACUGGACAGAAUUUGUUGAUAUCGUGCUUUUACUCGACAAAUAAAAUGGCCAUUUGUAGCUCAUUGAUGUUGCCGGCACACUUGUCCGUAAAGCUUUAAUAUCUGUACUUUACUUUUACUUCUUUUGUCAUCAGUUGAUCAAUUGAAAUAAUUUGUUUUAAAAAAAAACGCCUUAUUUGUCUCAUUUCCUUCCAGUCUAGUAUUACUUUUUGUAAUUUUUCUGUCUGGAAAGUUAGCCUGUUCAGUUCUGCUGUCAAUGUCAUUGAUCUGUUAAUGCUGCAUCAGCUAACUUAAAUCCUUGAAUGGCUGUCAAAUGCUCACUGUGAGAGUUGUGAACAAACAAAAAGAUAUGCAACUAAAGCUUAUUUUACAUUCUUACUGUGCUGGCAUUCUCCAUCGAUUGAGACUUUUGUUAAAAAUAUAUAUUUUGCGCCACAAUAAAGAAUGCAUUUAUAUUUA